AUGGAACUGUUUGUUGUUCUAGCGAGGAAAAUCUGGUUAAGGAGAAAUUCAGUAAUAUAUGGAGAAACUUUUCUUCACCUGACCCGAUUAGUACAGGAAGCUCAGACUUCAUUGGAGGAAUUUCAAAGAGUGAAUAAUAAGGCCCAAUGUGCAGCAGCAAAUAACAGUGACCCAGCUGGUGUAUUAUGGAAUCCUCCACCGCAUAGUAUGAUUAAGAUGAAUUGGGAUGCUGGGCUGAAUUUGAAGGAGGGGCGUGUGGGGUUGGGACUUAUAGCUCGCGAUUCAAAUGGUACAGUUCUUGCUACGAGGAGCCUGUCUCUUGCUAUUCAAACCGAGUCAACGACAGCCAAAGCUUUAGCAACGGUGUAUGCUAUUACUUUUUGCAAGGAGUUGGGCUUUGAUAAUAUCAUCUAUGAAAGUGACUCCAUGCAAGUUAUUAAGACUAUUGUUUCAGAAUGA